AUGAGCUGCUUUUCAUGCUUCAAGCCUGAAAAGAAGAUGAAGUCAAAGGGGAUGGAGGCAAGGGAGGUCACAGUUGUGAAGAAACAUGGAGCAUCCCUUAAGAAUUCUGAAUCGGAAAAGUUGCCAUGUGUCUCCUCAGACCACAAGCAAUCAUCUGAAGCAGCAGCAAAUACUGAACCACACAAUGGAAGCCCAGUUACUGCCAGAACUGGAAAAAAAUUCACGUUCCGUGAGCUAGCGACAGCCACCAAUAACUUCCGUUCUGACCGUCUUCUGGGAGAGGGGGGCUUUGGCAGGGUCUACAAGGGACAGCUUGAAAAUGGCCAGCUUGUAGCUGUCAAACGACUGGAUCUUAGUGGAUUUCAAGGUAACAAAGAGUUCCUAGUUGAGGUGAUGAUGCUCAGCCUCUUAAACCAUCCAAACCUGGUCAGUUUGGUUGGCUAUUGCUCAGACGGAGAUCAAAGAUUACUGGUGUAUGAGUACAUGGCCCAUGGCUCACUUGCAGACCACUUGCUAGAAAACACCCCAGAUCAAGUACCACUAAGUUGGCAUAUCAGGAUGAAGAUAGCCCAUGGAACUGCUAAAGGGCUUGAAUACCUCCAUGAGAAGGCUAAUCCACCUGUCAUCUAUCGGGAUCUCAAAUCACCCAACAUCCUUCUUGACAACGAAUACAACCCUAAGCUGUCAGACUUUGGGCUUGCAAAGCUAGGCCCUGUUGGGGGGAAGGCACAUAUCUCAACUCGGGUGAUGGGCACAUAUGGAUACUGUGCUCCAGAAUACAUAAAGACACGCCAGCUAACUACCAAGACUGAUGUCUACAGUUUUGGGGUUUUUCUACUUGAGUUGAUCACAGGAAGAAGAGCUGUAGAUUCAUCCAGACCAGAAUGUGAUCAAAUCCUCGUUAAAUGGGCCAAACCCAUGCUCAAAAAUCCAAGUAGGCACCAUGAGCUGGUGGACCCACUUCUUAGAGGUGACUACCCAAGGGGAGAUUUGAACCAGGCUGUGGCCGUGGCAGCAAUGUGCCUACAAGAGGAAGCCUCAGUUCGGCCAUACAUGAGUGACACUGUUGUCGCAUUGGGAUUCCUCGCAGAAGUACCCUCAGGCUAUAAAGAGAAGAUUAACACUGUGCCCCAAAACAAACAGGAUAAAGAUCCCUCAUUUACUGGUAGCACUAAGCAAGAUCAAAGAUCAUUCGAUCGUCAACGAGCAGUUACUGAGGCCAUUGAAUGGGGAGCCACGAGGCAAAAACAGAAAGCUCAAAUCCAAGAGAAAACAAGUCACUUGCAGGGCAUUGUCGCCCCCACUGAAACCAACAGGUUGUAA